UAAAAGUCGGACUUGAAUGGCAAGAUCCCAUUGAGUACUCCCUCCCUGCUGAUCAUGACAGCUGCUGGCGCUGAAGCAGUUUGCUUUGAGAUCCCUGCGUGUCAUCAUGCGGAGAGUGACAGGAGUCUUUAUGCCCGAGUGAGCCGCAGAGACAAAGGGCGGCCAAUGUGCCUCACUCGGUUCGCUGCUCUUGUCUCUCUGCUUCUGUCUUGUGCUGUACUCUUGCUAAACGCAUAUCAUCAUAAAGCAGCGGACUACCAGCACACUUCAGCUGGAGGUGAUUCUAUGGGCAGUGUUCAGCAGAAGCAGCAGCAAAUUGGAAACAAUCCAAGUGCCCAUCUGACAGCUCCAGACUCAUUUAAUCAUUCAAAAAGGGUAUACCUUGAAUGGGAGUACAACCUUGGACUUGCUCACCUUAUUGGAUUUAAGUAUCAGGACGGCGACCUCAUCGUGCUCAAAGAUGGCAUGUACAAGGUUUACCUGCAGAUCACCUUCCGAAGGCCUGGUCACUUUGUGUGUAGCGAGGAGGACUCAGUGUUCAUCCUCACCCAGAAGGUAAUCCUGUUUGCAAAGAGCUACCACAAAAAUAGAGACCUCCUAACAGCAUCUGACACAGUGGACUGCAUUCCCAAAUCAAAUGACUGUCAGCCGCCUGGUUCAGAGGGCUCAGGGACUCAGUACUGGGAAAAGUCUCCCUGCACGUCCGGCGUGUUUGCACUAAAAGCUGGGGACAGGCUCAGAGUGAGGUUGGGGGACAGGUACCAUGAGCUGAUGCUCCUUCAAGAAGACAGGACAUUUUUUGGGGCACAUCUCAUUUGAUGUUGUUCCCCAGAAACUACAGGUGCAGGGAUAAGCAUUACUUUGUGGAAAUUAAUCAUCACUUAUCAGACACAUUCAUGUCUGUCCACUGUAUACUUUACUUAUUUCUGGGAGUUUUAAUAUUAAAAUGAUUUCAUAAUGUGUGUGAGAGAACACUUGAAGUAGGAAAUCACCAUUUUAUUAUGCUCUCAUAAAGUGUGUCCAUAAAUAACUUGUUGUUCAGUAAAACAGUGCCAUUGCUAUAAGCUGCAUUAAUACAGGCAGCCCAAUUAUAUUUCCACAAAUUGGUAUUUUGACCAAUCAGAUCAGCUCUUUUGCCAAUAUCAAAGUGUCAAACAAACGUGAUCAUAAUGUGAUAAAAGGAGAGGCUACUACUUUACUCUGAAAUUUCAUAAAUUUUACUCUGCAACUCCAGUAGAUUGUUUUACUCACAGUCUGUUUCAUAUUGUUGCCAGCAACAGAGAAUUCAAAUGAGCAGGUGUAACAAAUGAGGAUUUGUAACCUCACUCCUCAGCCUGAAAUGUCUCCACCCGCGCCCCAGAGAAGAUGUCAAGAGGGUGGUUGCGUGUGUUUUCAAGACAGAGGUCUCAAAUUCCAGUCAGCCUCAGUGUGAGCUGGUACAGGAGAGAAAGUAUAAUUAAGAAUCGAAAUUAGAUUGACGAUCUUACCCAAUGCCUGGAAAUCCUUGUAAUCAGUUUGUGUUAUUGAACUACAAAUGUCCCUAUAGCUCAUCCAGAUCUUCUACUAUAUAAAAAAUAAAGUGAGGUUUGAUGUGUCUCCAGCAGAUUAACAACAGGAUGAACAUGCAAUGUGUUGUUUACCACCUCAGCCUAACCUUACUUAAGAAUGUAUGGCAUGCGACGGUCAACACCCAUUGUAAAUUAUGAUUAAAUGAUGCAUGGCUUAUUGUUUACACAGGAUGAGCAAUAGUAAUACUCCCACUGUGUUUGGAUUCUGCACCUGUUUGCUAGACUAAGUGUUGGUUAACAGUUUACAUUGAUGUUGACACAUUGACAUCCAGGUGCAUAGUAAAACAAGAACAGAGUUGUGAAAAAGGUGUAACAUUUCAACUAGUCUUUGAAUACAGAAAAUUACUUUGAAACAUUAAAAAUAUAAUUAAUCACCUCUUAUGAAAGAAGAUACUUACCAUCACAUUAAAGAUUUGCAUGGUGACCCUAAAAGGAAUAACAAAAUGCAUCAUGAGGCUGUAGUAAGACACCAGAAGCCUGGGUGGGCUACAUAAACAAUAAACAUGUGGGUUGGAUUUUAGGAGGGUGUGAAUGGUAUGAUACAUAUCCCUUUUAUGGGAGUAAACUGCACUUUUGUGUUAUUCCUGCCAAAUACUUUAGGGAAGGAAAAACACACCAGACCAGAAAAAUGGAAUGUGGAAUGGAAUGGCACGUAAAUAACCUCACUACUGAAUCAUACAGACAAAGAACCAUAUACAGUGCCUUCGGAAAGUAUUUAGACCCCUUGAC